AUGAGCCCUGCACCGGACGUGUUAGCCAAUGAGUGCGGAGCUAGCCCACGAGCGCCUGCUUCAUCGCGGGAUGAGGCCAAAAAGCUCACGGUCCCAGUAAGCAUGUCGGCGGUGGCGGUGGCGAGAAAGGUGUCAACCAAUGAGAAUGCGGCUGCCUGCUUCGGGCGGCAUAUCAGCAAUCGGCCGACCGCAUCCCCUUUCAAUAAAUUCUUCGGGACAGACGUGCAGGUUGCGAGGCCUCCCCUAACGCGUGCCGCUGAACUUCAUACCUGCAUCCACUUUUUCCUUCGAAUAAUGCACUUGACGGAAUGCGAGGAUUGUCAUGUGUGCAAACAGUCGGUUCGCCAGUGGACCUCACACCUGGUCGCUCAACACACACUGCCCUCGGAAUGGCCAAGCGAACGGGCCUCGCGACUCCCUGCUGACAGUGUACAGACCCCCUACACCUACGUUACCGAAUCGAGAAAGAAGCGGAAACCGGGCACCAUUCCGCGACCUCUGAAUAGCUUUAUGGUGAGUUCUGCCAUAACCUCUUGA